AUGCCGAAAUCUGAUAUCAUUCCCUUUCCAUACCCUCUCGGUCUUGGCACCGACAUUUGCCAUAUUCCCAGAAUCAGACGAAUCCUGACCCGCGAGAACUCAAAAUAUGUCGAGCGAUUCAGCAAACGGAUCUUCAGUGAAUCAGAACGUGACGCUUUUCAACAGCGGCAUGAUAAAGUCUUACGGUUGAAAAAGGAUCUAGACACUGCAGUAUGUCGGACCGAUGAGAAGAGUCGUCAACAGGACGAUUAUGACCGAGAGCUAUGGAGACUGUCAAGCUGGGUUGCUGGACGAUUUGCCGCUAAAGAAGCAGCAAUCAAAGCUGUCUCUCCACAGCGCCUUGGAUGGCAUCAUGCUGAGGUAUUGGUGCUUCCGGGACAAAUGAAGCCACUGCUAGUGAUACACAGCUUUCAUCAUGUAGAUACCGUCGAGGGGAAUGACGAGAAUCAACAGCCGGUCACGAAGCGUGCUGCGCAGCUUUCAAUUAGUCAUGAUGGGGAGUACGCCAUUGCAACUGUUUUGGCUGCCAUUGAUUGAAGAGGGAGGAACUGGCAGACAUGGCUGAUAAGAUAGGGUUGUUUCUAGGGUUUAGCUCGCAUACCUCAGGAAGAAUUUGUAUUUCAACUGUAUACCUAAGGCAUGCUGUAAUGUAAGCAGAUUUUGGUUAUGGUUUG